AUGGCUCCCCUGAACCCUCAUGCCCCUCGCUAUGUCCCGGCAGUGGAGUCACCAUUUGCACCUGCGGUGGCUCCCUUAAUGUUCCCCGUCUCCUAUGCCUUCGGCUUCCCUUACUCGUACUCUCUCCCGCAGCCUUUCCCGGAGGUUUUUCCGCUUCCUCCGUGCUGCUAUUACCAUGGCCUAUCUCCGCAACCUCAACAGUCGCGGCUGACGCACCUCAGUUCCAUUUGUUACUAUCCCGGGAAGGAUGCCCGCCUCGCCCACGGUUGUCCGGGGAUAGGUAUCGAAUUGUCGGGUGUCCCCUUCUCAUGGCCAUCUUCUUGGAUCGUCCCAACAGCUAUGCCCGUCCUUCCUUCCCAUCAGGUUGCGCUUCCUCUACUUCAUUCCCCGAUAGCUCCUGCAGACGAAGGUGUGCUACGGCCUCCCAUCUACUCUCCCCAACCAGAGGUCAUUCUGGAGGUGAUACCGAAGAUCAGGCAUGGCUCCGAUAAACGUUUGCCGCCGCCGCGAGCUAUUUGUCUUCGGAAGCGACGGGUUAGAAUUGGUCCGCGAUGGCGGACUAAGAUGGACAGCUCGGGCGGAAGAGUUCGCCGAGGACCUAAGCGAAGCUUCAGCUGUAGGGUUGGGUCCUUCUGGCUGCCAAAGUUACGGUGUCUCCGAAAGAAGUGUCCAGACGAGGAUAAGUCGCAGGAGAAUUUGCAGUUUAGGAAUGGAGCAGAUGCUGAUGAUGGCGGGGACUCGCGGACAACCGUUAUGAUCAAGAAUCUCCCCAACAAGAUGAGGUAGGUUCCUUCGUUCGAAGGGAGUGGGAAGCGAAGCGAUUACUGACGGUUGGCUCUCUCAUCUUACUUCAGGAAGGAAGCAUUGCUGACCCUCCUCGAUUCCCACUGCCAAAAAGAAAAUGGCAAAGUGGUGCACCAUGACGCUGUUAUGAACACCCGUUCUCAAUUUGACUUUUUCUAUCUUCCCAUGGACUUUGGGUAAGUAAUCCUUGCUUCCUUGUGCAGGUUUAUGUUCAAAUCUCUAGGCUAUCUCAUUCCUUUGAUCUGCUGUUCCACGCGCAGGACGGGAAGUAAUCUAGGCUACGCUUUCGUAAACUUUACCAGCGCUGCCGGGGCAUGGAGGUUCCACCGUGCAUUCCACCAGAUGAAAUGGAGUAUCAUGGGGUCUAGAAAGGUUUGCGAAGUCACCUACGCUAGGAUCCAGGUAAUAACUUGAUCUCUGUGCUUGAGCUUUUCAUUGGCCCUUGGGUCUUGGGCUUGAUGCGCUCACUGUUCUAGGGCCUGACGGCGUUGAUGAAGCACUUCAGGGGCUCCGUCUUUGUGUGCGACAACGACGAGCUGCUUCCGCUCUACUUCGUUCCCCACCGAGACGGCGUAAUGCAGUGCGAAGGCCAUCACGUGGGCCGGCGAGUCCCGCCGUCUCGCUUUGGAGGACCUUAG